UACCAGCCAAGGGCAAGGAAGGCAUUGAUGUAGUAAUUUCCCGUGAGUUUUGGGAAGUCAAGGGAUUGAGUCGGCCCCUCCAGUCUCUCUUGUAUAGAUCCUUUUACUUUCUCCUCUAAUUCCACCCUGUUGGUAGUUCUGUUCCCUGAAGAACGAGACUCCCUGGAGAGAGAGGGGCUUUGCCAAGGGGAAGAGAGCGUUGUUGGGGUUGUCGGAGAGGUUCCGGCUUCCUCUCUUGCUGAUUAGGCCCUUCUCUAGUUCUAAAUUGUUGUCUGCGGAUAUUUCAGAUCUUGUUCACAGGGCCUGGGGCAUUUCCCUGGACUUAUGACCCGAGCCUUUAAUGGGGCUGCGCAGUUUCUGCCGGGGAAGCUUAUCUGGGAUAUUUCAAAUCUUAAAUUGGAAAGCUUUUGCCUCCCUUUUUCAUUCUUUCCUUUAUUGAGCCCCUGGGCCAUUUGGAAUUUGGUCCACCUAUAAAAGAGGAUCAGCUUAUCUGGAUAGCUAUUUGUUGCAUUAUACCUAAAAUGCCAUUCAAGAAUUCUCUUAAGAGCAGAAGUUUGAUCUCCACAGGUCAGACCUUAUAGUGAAGCAUUCUUUUGGGUGAAUCAUGCCCAAAGAGUCAAGAGAAGCUGCAGUUCUGCCUACUACAAUUCAUCCUCCACAGGAGCAAGAAGGACUUCUGAUAGUGAAAGUGGAGGAAGAAGAUUGCACCUGGAUGCAGGAAAACAGCCCUCCCAGUAUGGAGACCUUUAACCAGCGCUUCAGACAGUUCCAGUACUAUGAAGCAGCAGGGCCCCGUGAGGCUCUUAGCCAGCUAAGAGUGCUCUGUUGUGAGUGGCUGAGGCCAGAGAUGCACACAAAAGAACAAAUCCUAGAGCUGCUAGUGCUGGAACAGUUCCUGGCCAUCUUGCCUGGGCAACUUCAGGCAUGGGUGAGAGAACACCAUCCAGAAAGUGGGGAAGAGGCUGUGAUUUUGUUGGAAGAAUUACAGAGAGACUUUGAUGAACAAGGAGAAGAGGUUGCUACCUAUCCAGAAGUACCACUUCAGGAAAUGAUGCAGCAGAGAAUGGUACAGGAGUCCCUGAAUAUUCAACUCCAAGCCAUGGACACUCAGUCUGAUAGUGGUCCCCAUAAACCUUUCUCCUUGGAAACAAAUGCUCUGCCUGUUUCCCAGAUUCCAGUUAUUCCUCAGAAAGGAAAUCAUAGAGACCAACAGAUGGCAGCUGCAUUUCACAUGACUGGGGCCCAAACAUUGGUGAAAAUUGAGGAUGUGGCCGAUGUGGCUGUGUCUUUUAUCCUGGAAGAAUGGGGGCAUUUGGACCAGACUGAGAAGGACCUCUCUAGGAAUGACAGACAAGAGAAUUAUGAGACCAUUACUGCAGUGGAUUAUGAACCCAGGAAUGAGAAUAUGGAGCUGAUUGUAAAGCAGGAAAUUUCUGAAGAAGCAGAAUCACUCUGGAUGACUCCAGGAAGCAUUCAAAAGAAUGAUUCUCAAGAUCAAGAAUAUGAAGAAUUCUCUAACUAUGGAGGCCUCUUAGAAAGACCACAGGAAAAUUAUACAAUAGAAAAACCAAAGCAAUCUCCUUCUCAGAAAAGAGGCUUCAGGGAUAUAACAGACAUGAAUAAAAAACAAACCAUGAGGGUGGAAAAAGGUCAUAAAUGUAAUGAUUGUGGCAAAUUCUUCCUUCAAGCCUCAAACUUUAUUCAGCAUCGACGAAUCCAUACUGGCGAGAAACCAUUUAAAUGUAAUGAAUGUGGGAAAAGCUAUAAUCAGCGUGUACAUCUUACUCAGCAUCAGAGAGUCCAUACUGGUGAGAAACCAUACAAAUGUCAGGUGUGUGGAAAAGCUUUCCGUGUGAGCUCACAUCUUGUUCAGCAUCAGACGGUCCACAGUGGAGAGAGGCCUUAUGGAUGUAAUGAAUGUGGGAAAAGCUUCGGUCGACAUUCACACUUGAUUGAACAUCUGAAACGCCACUACAGAGAGAAAACCCGUCAAUGUGGUGAGAAAAGGGGUAAGAACAUGAAGGCAUUAAAGAAGAAAAUUUCUGAUGCCACAGAAACUUACAGAGAAAUAUCAUCAAAAAUUCAGAAGGAUGUUCCACAAGGUCAGGAGUUUAGAGAUGAUUGUGAACAUGAAGGCUGGUUAGAUAGGCAACAGGGAAAACUCACAGGGAUGAUACUGGGGAAGCCCCCUUCCCAGGAGAGAAAUUUUAGAGAAAUUAUUGAUAUCCACAAAAAACCUUCUACAGGAGAGAGACCACAUAAAUGUGAUGAAUGUGGGAAAAGCUUCAUUCAGAGUGCACACCUUAUUCAACAUCAGCGAAUACACACUGGGGAGAAACCCUUUAAAUGUGAUGAAUGUGGAAAGAGUUAUAAUCAACGUGUACACCUGACUCAGCAUCAGAGAGUCCAUACAGGGGAAAAACCCUAUCAGUGUCCCUUGUGUGGAAAAGCUUUCCGGGUCAGGUCACAUCUUGUUCAACAUCAGAGUGUUCAUACUGGAGAGAAACCCUUUCAAUGUAAUGAAUGUGGGAAAAGCUUUGGGCGGCGCUCACACCUUGCUGGACAUCUAAGACUCCAUUACCGUGAGAAACCAAACCGGUGUCAUGAAUGUGGAGAAAACUUCCAUCAGUAUGACAGCCUAAUUGAGCAUCAGAUGAUUCAUAGAAGUCAGAGUUCUCAUGUAGAUAGCAAUUGUGAAAAAGCAUAUGGUUGGAAUUUAUCAUUGAUUGAAAAUAAGCAAGUACUUAGGGAGGAGAAACCCUAUAAAUGUGAUAUAUGUGGGAAAGCUUUUUGUUAUAGUUCACACCUUGUUCAACAUCAUAGAAUGCAUACUGGAGAGAAACCUUAUGAAUGUGAUAUAUGUGGGAAAAAUUUUGGCCAGCGUUCUCACCUAACUCAACACCAAAAAAGUCACUCUUGUAAGAAACCUCAUCAGUGUAAUGAAUGUGGGAGAGCCUUUGCACUAAAGUCACAUCUUAAUCAACACCAGAGAAUACACACUGGCGAGAAACCCUUUCAGUGCAAACAAUGUGGAAUGAGUUUUAGUAGGAGUUGUAGCCUCAUAAAACAUUUGAAAAGCCAUGAAAGGACAGACCUUAUAAGCAGCUUCAGCACAUAAACUUCAUUUUGGAGAAUAGUUUUUAUUCAACGUUAGAGAACUUCUCCAGUAGAAAAACUUUAUUAGUGUAAUGAAUGUAGUAACAACCUUUAGUUAGAAUUCAAUUUUAUUACUUUUAUUUACAUUUUCUAUUUAUUGUUUGGAGGAUCUACAUUCAAGAAAAACAUUCAUUGUUAAGAAUGGGAAAUACUUCACUUAGCAGGUUCACCUAAAAGAAGAAAGAUAAAAAAUGUAAUGGAUGAGUAAAAGCAUUUGAAGGACACACUGUUGUCAGUGAACUUCAAAAAGUAGACAUUGGGAAGAAUAAUCUUGAAUACAGUAGACUUUAAGUCUAUUCUUUGGUAGCACCUACUUUAAUUCAUAUCAAGGAUUCCAUAUAGGUCAAGAACCUAGUGAAUCAAACAGUUAACAAGUCUUAUGUAGGCUAUCUAGUAAAAUCCUCAUCAUUAAGCUCCUUCAGAAGAGAUCUCCUUUUCACCUAUGAAGGGCUCUAGUUGGGUCCUAAUUUGAACAUUAAACACUUUAAAAAGAAGGUGACUUAGGGUGUCUAUGUAUUUGGGGACUUGGGAACCCACAAGGCUGAUAAACCAUUUCAUGCACUUUUUAUUUCAAUAUUUCUUCAUGAGAUCCACUUUUUAUAUGCUCAGGUUAGAAUAGAUAUUACUGAGAGGACUUCAUACUAAGGGAUUUAGGGCCUGACUAGAUAUUUUGCCUAAGUUAAUGCAAUAGAGGUCAAAGGGAAAUGGCAUAGUGUGGCUGAAUGGUCAUUUUUUUUUUUUUAGAGGUGUGAGUUUGAAUCCCAUCAUUAGGGAUAGAUUAAUCAUUUUUUUCAGAUUGUUUUUACAUUUUGGGGACAUUCUGGAAGUAUUAAGAAGAGAGGAUCUUUUAGAAGAGUCAAUAUAGUAUAAUGCAAGAGUUAACAUUUUUUUGUCAUAGACUUUUUUGGCAGUCUGGUAGAGCCUGUGGCUCUUCUCAGAAUAAAUGUUUUAAAUCAUUUGAAUUAGUAGGUUAAUGAAAAUGAAGAUAAUGUUUUUCCUAUACAACUUUGCAGGCUACCCGAAAUCUAUCCAUGAGUCUUCAUAAAGUGAGAUAUGGAAUUAAAAGACUUCGUUUUGAAUUGACUUUACUACUUAACUGUUUUAAGUUUUGGGCCCUUAGUUUCUUCAUUAGUAAAAUGAAGUUUUAUUUUCUUAACCAAACUCUUAAUUUUCCUGUACAGUGUCCUCUAUUUCUUCCCUCUAGGACAGAUAGAAAAGGUCUGAUUCCUCUUCCCCAGACCAGUCUUUCAAAUAUUUAAAGAUAGUUAUCAUUUCUUAUUCUAACUUCUCUAGACAAAACAUCCCUAGUUUCUUUAACUGCUUCUCAUAGAUUUAAUGAACUUCAUCUUUGUGGUUGCACUCCUCCAAACAUUUUCACCUUAUGAGUGUCAUUUCUAAACUGUGGUGUUUAAAACAGUACUCCACAUGUAUAUUGAGAACUGAACACAAUAUUCCAGAUAAGGACUGAGUAGGUGAAGAUUCAAUAGGACUGUUAACUUAUUUGUAAAAGCAAUGAUAUAAAAGCUCUUGAUACAGCCUAAUAUUUACAUUUUUUGGGUUGCCAUAUCAUUCUUAACUCAUUGAAUUUACAAUCCACUAAAAUUCCUAGGACUUUUUCACACAAACUGCUGUCUAAUCCAAUGAAGUCACUUUUGAAAACAAGGAAAGACUUUAGGUUCUGAAUGAACUGUUUUCCAGGCUUGACAAUCAUUACUUAUACUUAGCCAUUUGUGUAGGGAAAAGGUGGUACCAAUCAAAAGAAACCAUAGACUAAUGGUUAACUGCUUAUUGAAGAUAGGGGAUUCAAAAGACAAAGUCAAAAUUUCAAGUGAAUAACUUAGAAUAUGGAAUCUGAAAUUGGGUUUUAAAGUUCUGUACCACAGCUUAAAAUAAAAUGAAGAGCAUAUUUCAUAUAAGGGAGUAAAAAUAUACUUAUCUAGAAUCUUAUAAAAUUGAUCAAGGAGGCUUUAAACUGAAAAGAAAAGGUAUGAAGGAAAACUGACAUGUACAUAAGCCUGUUUAUAUAAAUUGAUACACGUGUUUGUUUUAAAAAGGUGACACUGCAACCAAAAAACAAACCCAAAUACUAUGCUACAUUUAAAUAUAGUUUCUGUGAAUGAGGUAAUUAUGUUGCAUUCUGGCCUGCUUACUCCACAGCUGGAUUUAUGCAUAUAAAUUUAUUAACCUAGAUAUCAUAGAUAACUACCAGAGUAGCAGCUACACGAUGAGCAUUGGAAAUAAUUUACAAGGCAUUACCCAAGCUAUAAAAUAUAUGAUUUUAAACAUCUAUACAGAUUCACAAAGUAUAAGUGACAUAGAAAGUUGAAUGAUAGACAAAUUUGACUUCAUAUCACUGAAAAUUGGUGGGAUAGGUUUCAGAACACAGGAUGUUUGGUCAAUUAAGAAGUCAGAAUAAGUAGCCUUGUACCUUAAGAAAAUACAUAGGGAAAUCCAAUAGAGAAAAUUAUUAGGAAACAUUUGAUUGCAGAUCAGUGAAAGAAUAGGAAGUAUUUAUUGGGAAGUAUAGAACACCUGGCAAGGAUAGCUAUAAGUAGGUUACAGGGCUCAAAUGAGAUAUCAUGAUGGUGAUUUAAAGCUAUUUGUACAUCUAAUUGAGCUCUGCUAAAAGAAUAGUUGCUAAGAAUUGUGAUUUGCCUUGGAUCAUUAUCUUCAAAGGUGAAGGUAACUGAAGUUACUAUUCUAGACAUAAUCUUGACAAGGACAAAUUGUUUCCUACAAAUACAGCUUUGUAGAAAUCAUGAGGUCAAGAGACUUCAUCAUAGUUCAUGAUGGAGAAGAAAAGUAGGAUAUAAUCUGAUAUGCACCUAAAUUUUGAGAGAGCAUUUGUUCUCCAUAACCCAAGAGGCCAAAACUAGGAACAAAUAGGUAAAAGUUGUGGGAAGACAGAUUUGUACUUGUAAAGAAAAACUAAAUAAUUAGAAUUAUGCAAAAGUGUGACAGACUGCCCAUUAAGUAGCACUUUAUUCUUUUCUAGAGGUCCUUUGGGUAGAGGCUGGAUCAGGGGUUCUUAAACUUUCCUUUUGCAACCCCUUUUUUCCCAAGAAAUUUUUAUGUGAAACCUAGUACAUAGAUACACAAACCAAACGUUUACUGAUAAUCGUAGUUUCACUAUCCUCACAUUCAGUUAUAAGACCCCCUAUGGGAUCACAAACUACAGUUUAAGAAUCUGGGGAUUAGAUGAUCUCUUGUGAAAUGAUAUCAAUGGCACUGAUUCAAGAAUCAAGAAAACUAACAUCAGAGGUCAAACUAGAUGGCCCAUGAAGUCCUUUCUAGCUCACAAAUUUUGUGACUUUAUGAAAGAACUGAAUAUUAGGAGUUAGGUACAUAGGUAUAGAUAGGAGUAUUUUUCUCAAUCUUAGUGGACUAGCAUUUAUUAAAUACCUAACUGAGGACACAGGGAUGGACAGACACAUACACAUAAUACACCCCUCCUUUCGAGAAGGUCACAGUCUAAUGGGGAUAACCACAACUUUAUACAAAUAUACACAGAAUAAAUCAGAAGUGAUCUUAGAAGCAAGGUACUAAGAUUAAGAAAUGGGAAAGACAUUUUACAGAAGGUGGGGACUUCAGUUAGGACUAAAGGAAAGCUAAUAAGUGGAGACCAAGAGAGAGAAAUUCUGGCAUUGGGAAAGUCUUGCAUCAAGAGAAAAUGUGUGGAGUUGAGAGAUGGAGCAUCUUAUUCAAGGAAUAGCAAGGAGGCCAGUAUCAUUGGAUUGCAGAGAAUGGGAAAGGGAAUUAAGUGUAAGUUGACUGGGUGAUAGUUGUGAUGGGGUACAAGUAGUAAAGGAUUUUGAAAACUGGACAGAGGAUUUUAUCUUAGAGGCUGGAAUUUAUUGAGUAGGGUAAUGACAUGGUGAGAUCUGAGUUUUAGGAAGGUUUGUUUGACAACUAAGUGGAGAAUGGAUCAUUGGAGUAGAUUGUCUUAAGGCUAUUGCAAUAGUCCAGGUUUGAGGCUGGGGACCUGCACCAAAGUUGUUGCAGUGUCAAGAGAGAAAGAAUGUGUUUAUGAGAUGAAGAUUGAGAUGAAAGGACUUAAAGAUGUAGGAAUAAGGUUGGUCAGUGAGAGUAGAAGAUAAUACAUAGGGUAUGUGUCUGAGAGACUGGUGAUAUCUUUUAUAGUUGUAAGGAAGUGAUAACAAAAUGGUUCAGGGUGAGAAGAAGUAGAAGAUAAUGAGUUCAGUUUUGAAAAUGUUGAAUUUGAGAUGCCUAGAGACAUCCAUUUUGAAAUGCCUAAAAGGCACCUAAAAAUGUAAGAUUGGAGGUCUCUUAAUGAUUCUAUCCUCCGAUCUUCCCUCCCUGUACCCCGCAUGGAAAAUUUAUCUAUGUUUAUAUUAGACUAAGAAGAGCAUAGAGGAGAAUUAAAAAAAAAAAAUCCCUAAAUAUUUCAAUCCCUGGGGAAAGAUUGGAGUCCUGAAAAUGAAGGACUGGUCUUUUAGCAUUGUGUCAAAAGCUUUGAUCUUGGAAUCCCAAUGGUCUGAGUUGAAAGCCUACCUUUGAUUCUUAUUGUAACUUUGGGGAAGUUCUUAAAACUGAGUCCUAGUAUUCUCAUUUACAAGUACAUGAUAGUACUUUCAUUAUGUUCCUCAAAUAAUUGUGAAAAUAUCCCUUUUUAACAUUAGAGAGUAUUAGGUUAGCUUUUAUAUAAAGUUUAUAUCUGUCUGGAAUAACAUGUAGGGAUUGACCUUUAGAUUUGUAGGAGAACUUUAGCCAAAGAAUUGCAAAAAGGAAUUUUCCCUUUGCAUUUGUCUUUGUCACUUUUCAUCAAAUUCUGAUCAAUCAUCAUUUAGUUCUUGAGUUCCCAUUCACCUUUUGUUAUUACCAUUUCUCCAGGAAUCCUGCAGUUUUUAUUUAGUGGGUAGUUUGAACUGAUAAAAUGUCAGGCUUCAGGGCCCUUCAGAGCCUUAAGACUCUCAGGAAGUUAGUUUGGUUCAGGGGUGGAAUUUAGAAUGGUAUUUUAUUGAUCUGAUCAGCAUCUUGUGGUCAAUUUGUUAACUAUUUGCUUUCUUCAAUUCAGCCAUGCUUUGAGCUACCUGCCACCUUCCUCUCAUGCAAGUCACACUCACUUAUAUGAUUUGCUCAUAUAGUGCACUGUCCUCCCAUCUAUUAAGAGUAUGGAAUGUGCUGUAUAACUAUUUAUGAAAUAGAUAUGUCUUUGAGAAGUUAGUUGAAGAUUUUUUUAUUUACCCAUUGAAAAUAAGAAAUAUGUUUUUUUUGGAAACAAUACUGUGGCAUAUCAAAAUUAUACCUGAGAAUUUAAAAUUUAAAAGGGAAAUAUUUUUUUUUCUGAUAAAAGGUUAAGCAUACUCAAAAAAGGUUUCCACAAAUUACAGAGUUUUCAGGGGUUGAGUUUAAAAACUGAAAGAAAAAUUUUCCAUAACUGAGCUAAAGAGAACAAUUUUGUUCCCUUAUAUUAAAACAAAACAAAACCACCAGAAAAAAAAAUGGGAGAAAAUGAAAAUUCUAGUUCCUCAGAGUAGCUUUUAGGACUUUUAGUUUUAAUAGAAACUUUUUGCUUUUGGGAUGGGGUGAAAGUGAAAAUUUUCUUAAAAGCAAAGGUUAAUUCACAAAUGUUUAUACAACAUGUAAAUAUAUGUAUAACAUACAGUAAAUUGAAGUACUCAGGGAACCAUACUCAAAGCUCAUGGAUUAUCAGAUUCUAUAAAAUAAAUUGUUAGACAACAUUACAUUAAAUAGCUCCCUGUAAAUGAGUGUAAAAUGAGGUUCAGGUUAACAAAGUAUACCUGUAUAUCUGAGUAUAUUUGAAGCAUGUAAGUGUAUUUUUAAAAAUGUGUGUAUAUUUGCUAUUUGUGUCAAUAUUUUUAUUUCUGUGGGUAGGUAUUUCUGGGGAUUUAUAUUUUGUGACUCUUGAAGCAUGUUGUUUAAUCUCCGUAUUAAUCUGUAAAAAAUAGGUAUAUUAUCUAUUCUACCUCACUUCUUUUCAUUAUACUGAUAUUUAGAAAAUUGAAUAGUAAAAGCACUUUGAAAAAGUUAAGCACUAUACAAAUGAUAAAUAAGGAAGUAACUCUGAAAAAGUCAAAAGCCCCAGAUACGUUGUCAUUUUUGUAACUGGAUGGGAAUAGCUGUGAAAUCAUUUAUUUAAAGAAAAUGGGUUAAUAUAAAUAUGCAUGUACCUGUUAAUCAUUCAACUUUUAUUUCAUCUUUCGAAGAGAAGUGAUGAAAAAGAACUUAAAAGCACUAAUUCUGGACUCUGAUGCUCUAAGACCAGAUUCUACAUCUGAGACUGAUUAUUUCUGACACUGAUUGGAAAAGUCACUUAAUUUCCCUGGGUCUCAAUUUUCUAUCAUUAAAAUGAAGGGCUCCUAUUAGACAUCUUCUGAGAUCCCUUCCAGGUCUACUUUUAUGAUCCUAGAUUUAGUUCAUAUAUUCAGGCAUUUUUCUUCAUUUCUAUUAUCCCAGUCCCAGUCCACUCUUACCUUAUGUAUUAAUAUGGCAGGAAGACCAGAUUGUAUAAAUGGGAGUGUCAUAGUUGAUUUUUUUUUAGACAGACAUGCCAGAAUUUACUCACCCAAAUGAAUCUUAGUUCUAGUGAUGCUGCUUGCAGUUGCUCAAUAUAUUUUGUACUCUUGGGAAGUUACCUUCAAAGCUAGUUUAGAAGUCGCACACGCAAAAAUUUAGUCUUAUCACCUUAAUUAGUUUGUAGCCACACCUGCCUUAACUAAAAAAUUAGGACCAUUCAUUAUAGCAUUGAAGACUUACUGAGUUUGAGUAGAUUGAGAAUGAGUUGAUCAGUUUCUUUUAUCCAUUUCAUUUUCUUUAUUUGAUGGCAAAUUCCUCUACCAUAUUAUAAGGUAACACAAUGUUUGAAUUAAAGAGGAGAAGAAAAAACCCAUGCACAAGAUUUAAAUAUUUAAAAGAUAUCUAUUAAAGGAUAUUUACAGGUGACUGAAGAUGGGAAUGGGAUACUAUGGGAUUCCAAAUCUGCAUGGUGGUAUAGCAAUUCUCCAGAUUGGGUUAGUAAUGUAGCAAGUUCAGUGAUGGCCUCUCAGCUUUCCCUUUUGGUAAGCAAGUCUCAGGUUAAAGUAGUCUGCCCCUGACUAGUCUCAGGAAUAGAAAAAAGAGCAUUCCUGGUCCACCACAUUAAUGGGGUUAGGAAUGGUGGCAUCAAAGGACAUGGUGACUUUGGUUCUUUGGUCACUGUAACUUGACAGGUACCAUCUCCCUUCUUUAUGAGCCUAUAGGUUUCUUCCUGAGGACUUUUAGUAUCUGCCUCCAUUAACAUGUCCAUUUUAACUUGUGCUGUUCCCAAAUCUAGUACCUAUGCUUGUGCUUUAAUUGCAUGAUCUUUGAAAACUUAAGAACUCUGUCACUGCUGCUAAAUGUAUUAGACCAAUUUAUGUGCAGCUUUCUUGUACUGGUUAAUUCAUAUUCCCCCUCUCAUUAUCCCAAUCAGUCCCUUCUCCUAUCCACUAAACUAAUUAUUACACACAGGUAGGACCUCUACCAUUUAGAAGACUUUUUCAUCAUUAGAAGGGCCCUAGCAAUGGGGUGCUACUUUUUAUAUCUGACCAUCUAAUUACCCCAACUUUCAUUUUUAUGUCUUAUAUUGUUAUUUUUAAACAUAGAUUGUGGUGGAAAUGUCAUUUAUUAAAAUCAUUAGUAAUGUUUAAAGAUAUUUUAUAUGAAACAAAAUAUUUAGCCUUCACAAUAAAUGUGUAAUAGAACCUUAAUUAAUGAUUAAACCUAAUUCUUCUUCCUUA